AUGGAUAUUGUUCAGCCCGUAGCCCUUAUCAUGGGUGCGUCUCGAGGCAUUGGUCGACAGGUAGCAAUUGAUCUGUCCAAAAAUGGAUAUGCAGUCAUGCUGGCCGCCAAAACAACGUCAGAUGCCAACAAAACGGUGCCAUUUCCACCAGACCCGAAUUCUUCCCAGUCUACUAUCAAUACAGUAGAGCGGGAGAUCCGAGAAGCUGGGGGCCGCGCCGCAGCAGUGGCCGUUGAUGUGCGAGAUGAAGCACAGAUUCAACAUGCAGUCGACGAGACUGUUCGAAUCUUUGGCAAGUUGGAUGUUCUGGUCUAUAACUCUGGUGCGAUUUGGUGGUCCUCUGUGGAGAAUACGCCUUUGAAACGCUUCCGAUUGAUGCAGCAGAUCAACCCGGAAGGGUUGUAUGCUACAGUGCAGGCUUCUUUGCCGUACUUUGCGAAGAAUAAUUGGAAAGGUCGAAUUGUGGUGGUUUCACCUCCUAUUUAUUCGAGGUUCUUUCGUGGAAAGACGGCAUAUGCUAUGGGCAAGGUCGGCAUGAGUGUCUUAGUCAAAGGGCUGGCCAUGGACUUCGUGCGACAAGAGCGAUCAGAUAUGAGCAUUACAAGCAUUUGGCCUGCUUCGUCCAUUGAAUCCGCUGCAACUGAACAUAACAAAGCGUCGGAUCCAUCUCGCAAGAAAGAUCUACGAAAACCAAAUAUCUUCUCUGAUGCAAUCAUCGAGAUGCUCCGAGCGCCAACAAGCACUGUGAAUGGAUUAUUGGAUACCGACGAAGAUUUUCUUCGUGAGAAAUGUGGUAUCACUGAUUUUUCCAAGUAUUCUGUGAUCCCGGGUUCUACACCACGCCGGAUUAUGCCAGCCAAGUUCCCUGUUUUAGAGGUCGCAGAGCAGGAUGAUGAAGGACAGAGGAUGGAUAGUACCAAACUACGGGCAAAGAUGUAA